CGCUGAUGGCGCUGUUACUUCCGCUCACAAAAGUGUCAUGGCGGCGCACAGACUCCCGCAAUGACUUUUCUCAAAACAACCCGCCGAACCGAACCGGACCGGACCAGACUAACCCAGAACCAGGACCGAAUCGGACCGGACUAACCCAGAACCGACCCGGACUAACCCAGAACCAGGACCGGACCCGGGACCAGGAUGGUCUCAGUUCUUCGUGGCGCCUGGAGGGUUUUGGCUCCGCCCCUUCUGCGUGCAGCCCCGCCCCCUCUACGGAAAACCCCCGCCCACUUCCAACAGCAAAGACACACCUCCAAACAGGUCAAAGGUCACAGGAAGGAGCCCAAACCGAAAGUGGAGAAACAGGAAGUGGAGAUCAAACAGAGGAUGAGUGUGGAAGAGCUGGCACGAGCCAUGGACCGAGACUGUGACCACGUUCUGGAGGUCCUGUCCAACACGUCGUUGGACUCGGUUCUGGGUCUGGACUCGGUUCUGGAUCAGUCGUUGAUCAAAGAGGUGGUGAAGCUGUCGGGGAUGAAGGUCCGAUGGGCCAAACUGAGCGAGACCCGCCAGCGCCCCCACAAGGACGUCACCCGCAGACCGCCGCCGGACCCUGCGCUGCUCAGGCCCCGCCCCCCCGUGGUCACAAUUAUGGGUCACGUGGAUCACGGUAAAACCACGCUCCUGGACGCUCUCAGGGCCAGCCAGCUCGCGUCUGCGGAGGCGGGAGGCAUCACGCAGCACAUCGGAGCCUUUCUGGUGCGUUUGGCGAGCGGUGAGGCGAUGACGGUCCUGGACACUCCGGGACACGCGGCGUUCUCGAGUCUUCGGGCCAGAGGGGCGUCGGCCACAGACAUCGUGAUUCUGGUGAUCGCGGCGGACGACGGCGUCAUGGAACAGACUGUCGAGUCCAUCCGACACGCCCGGAACGCCGGAGUCCCGAUCAUCGUGGCCGUGAAUAAAUGUGACAAACCUCAGUCGGACCCUGACAGGGUCAAGAGGGAGCUCCUGUCGCACGACGUCGUCUGUGAAGAGUUUGGAGGAGACGUGCAGGCGCUGCACCUGUCAGCCCUCAAGGGGGAGGGGCUUGUGGAGCUCACUGAGGCGGUCGUGGCUUUGGCUGAAGUUCUGGAGCUGAAAGCCGAACCGGACGGAGCGAUGGAAGGAACCGUGAUCGAGAGUCGCAUCGACAAAGGGAAAGGUCCUGUCAGUACCGCUCUGGUCCAGAGGGGGGCGCUCCGGAGGGGGGCGGUCCUGGUCUCGGGUCGGACUUGGGCCAAAGUCCGGUUCAUGUUUGAUGAAAACGGGACGGUUCUGAACGAGGCCGGACCGAGCCGAGCCGUGCAGGUCUGCGGCUGGAGAGACCUGCCCUCCGCCGGGGAGGACAUCCUCGAGGUCGAGUCCGAGCAGAGGGCGCGGGAGGUGGUGUCGUACCGACAGCACCUGGACGAGCAGCAGCGUCUGGGGGAGGAGCAAAAGACCAUCGCGGCCAAUCAGGAGGCUCAUCUGCGACAGUACCGCCUCCAGAGGGCGGAGCUAGCACACCUGAGCUGGAGGCAGCGGAAGAGCGCCCUCUACCACAAAAACAAGGAAGUGUUCGCCACUCGCCCGCCAGAACGAGACACGGACCAAAGCUCGCCGCGGCUCAGCGUCGUCAUCAAAGGAGACGUGGACGGUUCUGUGGAGACCCUCCUGAAUGUUCUGGACUCGUACGACGCUCAGGAUCAGUGUGAACUCGACCUGAUCCAUUUUGGGACCGGAGACGUGUCCGAGACCGACGUGAACCUGGCACACACCUUCUCAGGUUCUGUUUACGGCUUUAACGUGUCGGUGUCGCGCUCCGUGCAGCAGGUGGCGCUGAAGAAGAACGUGCCGCUCAAACUUCACUCUGUUAUUUACAAACUCGUCGAAGAACUCAAGCAGGAACUCAGCGAAAAACUGCCCUCAGAGACCAUCCAGACAGUCCUGGGAGAGGCUGGGGUCCUGGCCGUCUUCGAGGUCUCCGUGGGGAAGAGGAAAGUCCCUGUGGCUGGAUGCAGAGUCCAGAGAGGCGUCCUGGACAAACGGCAGCGCUUCAGAGUCCUGAGGGAGGGGCAGGUCCUGUGGGAGGGGUCCCUUUCGGCUCUGAAGCAUCAUAAGGACGAUGUUUCUUCUGUGAAGUUGGGGAUGGACUGUGGACUUUCCGUCGACGGAGCCGUGGAUUUCAAACCCGGCGACACAGUCCAGUGCUACGAGGAGGUCCAGACCCCCCAGACCUGCUCCUGGACCCCCCCGGGAUUCUGACCCACAACUAGGACUGAAGUGGGACUAAACCGGGACUGAGCCAGGACAAAACCUCUUGUGGAUUCAGCUGGUUCUGGUUUAUUCAACCAAAAUGGUGAUAAAAAUAGAAUAUUCUAAUGAGUCUGUUGAAGAUCUUAAGAUUAAAAUUAUAAUUAUAAUAAUUAUGACAUUAAAUGUUCCUUUUGUUUAAUGUAAAAAUUAUUUUGUUUUUAUUAAAGACACAAAAGUUUCAGAUUCAAGAAUGUUUUCAUCCACGUUUCUGAAAAUAAAUGUAAUAAAAACAAACAGCUCUGA